AUGGCAACUAGCGUCAUUUCGAGCGUGGUCUCAACCUCCGUCGGACGCCGAAAUAUCUGUGCUGAGUUUGCCACGCCAUCGCUGACACAAUCGAAAUCCAAAUCGGUGAGCAAUUUAGGUGAGCCAAGCACCUGUGCCUGCCUUCGCUGUCAGUAUCUGACCAAUAAGGUCAGAAGGUCACAGUCCACCCACUGCUCAUCUGACGACACGUUGCCCGUGGAACACAAACAUCAGCCCUUGAGUGCCAUUUCCCUGGGCGCCCUCAGUGCCAAAGAGUCACCCAUAUUCAUUCGACGACAGCAACUUCAGUUGCCUGUCCCCGCCUCCUCCUCCCAAUCCUCCUGCUCGUCGCAAUUCUCCCUGCGCAGUGUCAAUCCUCAACCAGAACUCGAUCUCAGUGCCAUCGAGGCGCUUAUAACGGAAACAGAGGAAAUCCCCAAAAUGCCCGCAUCUUCCCCACGUAACAACAUGGAUAUCAAUAGGAAUAAUGGCUAUCUUCAAAAUGGAACUUUGCCGGAGACACUCUAUUCGCAUCGCUGA